UAGGUUCCGGUUGGGAAGAGGGGGCAAUGCGCCCUACCACUUUAGCCAAUAUCUGACAUCGACGAGUACUCGAUAGUUCCCGGGUUAUGUCGGCCGCCUCCACGCUUGAAUGAAUCCUGAUUUCCAUUCACCACGACCGCGUCUGUUUUAGCAUGUCGCGGAUGUGCUUUUAGCUGCACCCGUUUGUGUUGUUAUGAUAGCAGCGAUGGAGAACAUCGAGGAGUCGUCUUCGCCCCUCCGUAUCGCUCCCACGGUCCGAGCGCUGAGCUCCGCACUGCGGGCCAAGCUUGUCAAUACCCACGACUCUGGUCGAAGGGACAGCGAGAGGAUGUUACCGGACCCGGAGAAGGAGAAGCUGUGGUUUAAGGAGAGCAACGCCAGGAACCUCCGAACUCGAGACUUUUUGUCGCCGAGUACCAUGCUCAACACGCUCUAUGCGGACGGACAGGUUCCUCCGGCAGUGAUGUCCAGGAUCUUGUCUGUCCAAGGCCAUGGCGUUCUGCCUAUGGCGGGCGGGGAGGUGAUGGAUGAAGGUCUGCGGGUGAGAGUGGACCGAGCCGCCGCCUUCAGAGCUGUCCUAGAUGGCGGGGCUACUGAGUACCUGACGCCCUCUGCUCAGAGGCAGGGCUGCGUGGUGCUCAACUGUCCGGCCCUGCAUCCAAAACCCGAACCCCCGACUCCUGAUAGCCUCACUCUGGGACACCUCAGGACGAUUCUGUUGGCUGACCAUAUGGGGGCCCUGUUGAAAGGGCAAGGAUUUACAGUGUCUCUGUGCCCCCUGCUGCCCGAAGACAGCAGCAUCGUCAAAUUCCUCCGCACUCUGGGCAUUGACUGGCCAACAUUCCCAGCCUACUGGACAAAUGAGGAGCGGGAGGCGAAGAUCCAGGAAGCGCUGGAAAACUCGACGUACAGAGAGAGGGAGAUUGAGAGAGACAGGAGGAUGAGCGGAGGGCCAGGCAGGAAGAAGGCGGACAAGAGUGAGAAUGAAGGAGCAGUUAGGAUCAACUUAAAACGAGUGUUCCAGGAAGAGGGGCUGCAAGGGUAUGAUCCCAGCCUGGGAACCUGCACAGUCCACAGAGAGAGCGUUUCCCAUCUGGCACAACUGGACCUCGCCACAGCUGACUGCACCGUUGCCAUGGCAACAGCCUUGCAUGUGACUUCCUGCCAAGAUGAGUUCCGCCAGCAGCAGAUAGCGAUGCUGUGGAGAGCCAGUGGGGCCACACACAGACAGAGACAUCUGGUGUGUGGGCCUGUCAAGACUCCUUCUUCUCAGCUCUCUUCUGCACAGUACCUGCAGCUUAGAAGAGGUCAAAUGAAGGAGGCCUCAGAGAUGAAAUAUGGAGAUCAAGUAGAAGGUCAGACAUGGGAUGACAUCAUCAGGGUCAUGAGCUCUGCUACAAUCAGAUUUGAGCUUCUCUCGACAGUCCACACCAGUCCGGUCACUUUGGAUGUCCAGAGAGAAGGCGGCGUGUCCACCAAAGGCCCGAGAGGCGGCGUGUUUGUGAUGUACAACUGCGCCAGACUGCACACGCUGUUCGACAGCUAUGACCGAGGGGUGGAAAAAGGUUUGUACCCAGAAAUCCCAGACGUCUCGGAACUGGACUUCUCUGCCCUCAAAGAAGAGGGUGAGUGGCUGCUCCUCUUCAAUUACCUCAUUCCCUUCUCCGAGCUGCUGGACCAAUCAGGACAAGUGUUGGACUGCGAAAGGGGAGGGGCCAGAGUCAAUCUCAAAACCGAGCAGAUUUGCAGGUUUCUGGUGUCUCUCAGUAAAGACUUCAGCUCAUACUACAACAGAGUCCACGUCCUGGGGGAGCCGUUGCCUCAUCUCUUCAACCAGAUGUUCUGCCGUCUGCAUCUUUUGAGAGCCUUGCGGGAGCUCUACCACAGCGCUCUGGAAACUCUCAACCUUCCCCCUAUUCGGCAACUAUAGCCUCCAUGUCUUGCACAUCACUCCGCUACUCCUGUCUGUUACUCACCUGUAGCCUCGUAUUCCACCAAGAGACAAUAUUGCAACCCUGCCCAUUUCAAUGAUCAAAUGAAAGUUAGUUUAGACUGACUCCUGAAAUCUGAUGCCACUUAGUUGUGUGUCUCAACACGGCUUAUCUUUAUAAUAUGAUGCUAAUUUUCUGUCCUUUCUCCUUGUGCCAAGUACAUAUAUUAUAGAACAUUGCCACGACAAAAUCUGCUUUUAAUGAGCCGUAUUCCCAAAUUCAUGUGAUCUAUCUAUCCUGUAUUUAUGAAUGGCAUAUAAAUAUAAUUUAUUACAACUAUUAAAAAAAGGCGUGUACAGAAUAGCUAUAGUAUGAUCCUUAAAAGCUGUCUUAUAAUUUCUAUUGCUCCUGUCAGGCCGUUAAGAUAAUGCACGAAAUAGCAUGAACAAAUUGUAUAUGAAGAUUUUUCUUUUUCAAAAUGAUUAUUUAUAAAUGUUGGGAGGGGACUGUCAUGAUUUAUUAUUGUUCUGUCAGUUUAUCAAGUGAUUGUGUUGCCAUUUUACCUUGGGUCAAAUGUGCCAUCGCUUGUUUUCAAAACUACACUACAACCAAAUGUCACUUCACUGCAUGAAACUAAAUGUUGAUUGUUGUUGCUUGUUCAGUCCAUUUUUUUUAAAUGACCUUUUCAUGUUUACGUGACAGUAGGGGGUGGAGGAAGGGAGGGAAAUGACCAAAAUAUGCUGAUUCAUUCACUGUAACUUGUUUGCCUCCAUGGCUAUGGUCAUAUUAUUAAAACAGGAGUGACAAC